UGGGAUGUCUUUGUCAUCUGGCUAGGUGGCUGAGCAGGCGCUUCUCAACAGAAAGUUAAAGCUAGGUGUGUUUUUUUCUGUAUAGCGUUACAUAACGUGACACCCUAGAUUUGAGGAAGUACGCUGCCAUCCGACAGCAAGCUCAGCUUGCUAGCUGUUGUUUUUUCCAGCACCUCAGGAACAGCUAUUCCCUACACCGCGGAGACGAUGGGUGGCAGUGUGGUGGAUUUGCCAAACGUAGAGCAAGAACACUCUUCCUCUCCGUCCCGAAAAGAUGUUCCUGUUUUUGCAGUAAGGAGAAGAUUUUAAGGUUUGAAUGAUUCUACAACUGCAUCAAAUUGUGUGAUUUAAUUUCGCUGAUGUUGCCAUUGAAAUCCUGGCGGAUUGUGUCCGCAUCUCGGGCUUUACUCCACCCAAACUGGCCGAUGACGAAGCGACAGUGUGUUUAUAAAGCUGUUACAUGUUCAGCACAGUGUUUGUCUACCAGCUUCCCCAAGGAGGACAUAUGGGAGAGCAACACGAACUUCAAAGCACCGGGAAAGGAAAGGAAGCUAAUUUCCUACACCAAUCCAGUCAGUUCACCCAGGAAUUACUGUACAGGUCAGGAUAAACUGAGCUGCUGGAACUGCAAACAGACUCUUGACAAAACACCUGUAUUCUUCUGCAUGUCAUGCAAAGUGGUCCAGCCCCCCGAAGAAGGGACAUCCUACUUUAAACUUCUGGAUUGCGACUACACAUUCACACUGGACACACACAAGCUGCAGAGAAGCUACUUGCAGCUCCAGCGGUCUCUGCAUCCAGACAACUUCAGCCAGAAAUCUGUGAAAGAACAGAAGUACUCAGAAAUCCAGUCGGCUCUUGUGAACAAAGCAUACAAGACUCUGCUUAAGCCUUUGAGUCGUGGUCUUUAUAUGCUGGAGCUGGAGGGGAUGCGAAUAGAAGAGGGCACGGACUCCGGGGCUGAUUCGGGGUUUCUAAUGGAGUUGAUGGAGAUCAAUGAAGCCCUUGAUGAAGCACAGACUCCAGAAGCAGCCAAUAAGAUCGGCGAAGACACAAAAGGGAAACUGGCAGACUUGACAAAGGCGAUAGACGCUGCCCUGCUUAAAGGAGAGCUUCAAGCUGCCAAGGCGCUGCUCGCCCAAAUGAAAUACUAUGCAAACAUUGAGGAGAAAGUGAAGGAAAAACUUAGUGAAUUCAUGUAAUUCUUCCUCCUAUUUAAUGUCACUUUAUUUGAUAUUUUUAGCAACUUUUAAAAAGUUUUGUACACAAGCGCACAAAUUAUUGUACAUUUGUCAUGGGAUUAUGUAAAUUUAUUGUUUAAGAUGAAUAAUAAAACCUUACCUGU